AUGAAUGUGCGCGUGUUGGGCACAGAACAACAAGUGUGGGACCUGUUUGGAAAGGUGGGCGGCUACAUGAGCUUGUUGAUCCUGCUUUUCAACAUUUGCUUCGUCAAGAAGUUCCCGGACAGUGGCGUGGCGCAAAUAUACGAAGAACGGACAUUCGUUUCUGAGCGGCUCAAGCGCUCGCAGUCUCGGGCUGAUCCAACUCCAACUCCAAUGAACGUGCCGCCUGGCAUGUUUGGCAGGGAAUGA